CGCGGCGGAGACGGUUGCGCUCGUUCGCUCGCUCGCGGUCUCGGCGUCAUGGCGGCGGCCGGCGGCCGAUAAGCGGCGGGGCGGGAGCGCGGACGGAGGAGGCGCCCUCGGUGACUCAAAGAGGGCCCCAGGAAAUCCGUGUAUGUUGAAGAAAAUUCAUCUUUGAAAUUUUGAUAUCUGAGGAAGUCAGCAUUUAUAUUCAUCUUUUAUUAACCCGAGACUUGUGUUAUAUUUAAAACUUCUUGAUAUUUACAAUGAAUGGACACAGUGAUGAAGAAAGUGUUAGGAAUGGCAGCGGAGACUCAAGUCAGUCAGAAGACGAUUCCGGCUCCAGUUCUGGCAGCAGCAGCGAUGGAAGCAGCAGCCAGAGUGGCAGCAGCGACUCUGACUCUGGCUCUGACUCAGGAAGUCAGUCGGAGUCUGAGUCAGACACAUCCGGAGAGAACAAAGUUCAAUCAAAACCACCAAAAGUUGAUGGAGCUGAGUUUUGGAAAUCGAACCCCAGUAUUUCCGCGAUGCUUAGGAAGCAGCCCCAGCAACAGCCUCCGGCUUCAUCCAACAGCGGGUCCGAAGAGGAUUCCUCCAGCAGCGACGACUCGGACGACUCCUCCCGCGAGGUCGAGAGGAAGCAUAAAGAUGAAGACUGGCAAAUGUCUGGGUCAGGAUCUCCAUCUCAGUCUGGUUCAGACUCGGAAUCUGAAGAAGAGAGAGAUAAAAGUAGCUCUGAUGAGACAGAAUCGGAUUAUGAGCCAAAAAACAAAGUCAAAAGCAGAAAACCUCAAAGUAGGUCUAAAUCAAAAAAUGGGAAAAAAAAUCUUGGACAAAAAAAAAGACAGAUUGACUCAUCUGAAGAUGAAGACGAUGAAGACUAUGACAAUGAUAAACGGAGCUCCCGCCGCCAAGCCACGGUCAAUGUGAGCUACAAGGAAGACGAAGAAAUGAAGACAGACUCUGACGACCUCCUGGAAGUGUGUGGGGAGGACGUGCCUCAGCCGGAGGACGAGGAGUUUGAGACAAUAGAGAGGUUUAUGGAUUGCAGAGUUGGGCGGAAAGGAGCGACUGGUGCUACUACAACCAUUUACGCUGUUGAAGCAGAUGGUGACCCAAAUGCAGGAUUUGAAAAGAACAAAGAGCCAGGAGACAUACAGUAUUUAAUUAAGUGGAAAGGGUGGUCGCACAUCCACAACACGUGGGAGACGGAGGAGACCCUGAAGCAGCAGAAUGUCAGAGGAAUGAAAAAACUGGAUAAUUACAAGAAAAAAGAUCAAGAAACAAAACGAUGGUUGAAAAAUGCUUCUCCAGAAGAUGUAGAAUAUUAUAAUUGCCAGCAAGAACUUACAGACGAUCUGCACAAACAGUAUCAGAUAGUGGAACGCAUAAUUGCCCAUUCCAAUCAGAAGUCAGCAGCUGGCCUGCCUGACUAUUACUGCAAAUGGCAGGGCCUUCCGUACUCAGAGUGCAGCUGGGAGGACGGUGCUCUGAUUUCCAACAAGUUCCAGACAUGCAUUGAUGAGUAUUUUAGCAGGAAUCAGUCAAAAACUACUCCUUUUAAAGAUUGCAAAGUAUUGAAACAAAGACCAAGAUUUGUAGCUCUGAAGAAGCAACCAUCCUAUAUUGGAGGACAUGAGGGGUUAGAAUUGAGGGACUACCAGCUGAAUGGUUUAAAUUGGCUGGCUCACUCCUGGUGCAAAGGAAAUAGUUGCAUACUUGCUGAUGAAAUGGGCCUUGGAAAAACAAUACAGACGAUCUCAUUUCUGAACUAUUUGUUUCAUGAGCAUCAGUUGUAUGGGCCUUUUCUGCUGGUGGUUCCACUCUCCACCCUCACGUCCUGGCAAAGGGAGAUUCAGACGUGGGCGGCUCAGAUGAACGCUGUGGUCUACUUAGGUGACAUCAACAGCAGAAACAUGAUAAGAACUCAUGAAUGGAUGCAUCCCCAGACCAAACGGUUAAAAUUUAAUAUACUUUUAACAACUUAUGAGAUUCUGUUGAAGGAUAAGGCAUUCCUUGGUGGUCUAAAUUGGGCAUUUAUAGGUGUGGAUGAAGCACAUCGACUAAAAAAUGAUGAUUCCCUUCUGUAUAAAACUUUGAUUGACUUUAAAUCCAAUCACCGUCUGCUCAUCACUGGAACUCCUCUACAGAACUCCCUGAAGGAGCUCUGGUCACUGCUACAUUUCAUUAUGCCAGAAAAGUUUUCUUCAUGGGAAGACUUUGAAGAAGAACAUGGCAAAGGCAGAGAGUACGGCUACGCGAGCCUUCACGAGGAGCUUGAGCCAUUUCUGUUGCGCAGAGUUAAGAAAGAUGUAGAAAAAUCUCUUCCUGCAAAAGUUGAGCAGAUUUUAAGAAUGGAAAUGAGUGCUUUACAGAAACAAUAUUACAAAUGGAUUUUAACUAGGAAUUACAAAGCCCUCAGCAAAGGUUCCAAGGGCAGUACCUCAGGCUUUUUGAACAUUAUGAUGGAGCUAAAGAAAUGUUGUAACCAUUGCUACCUCAUUAAACCACCAGAUAAUAAUGAAUUCUAUAACAAGCAGGAGGCCUUACAACACUUAAUCCGUAGUAGCGGAAAAUUAAUCCUUCUAGACAAGCUGUUAAUUCGCCUGAGAGAGCGCGGCAACCGAGUGCUCAUCUUCUCUCAGAUGGUGCGCAUGCUGGACAUCCUCGCGGAGUAUCUGAAGUACCGGCAGUUCCCGUUCCAGAGAUUGGAUGGAUCGAUAAAAGGGGAACUGAGGAAGCAAGCUUUAGAUCAUUUCAAUGCUGAGGGCUCAGAGGAUUUCUGCUUUCUGCUGUCUACUCGAGCUGGGGGUUUGGGCAUUAACUUGGCCUCUGCUGACACUGUUGUUAUAUUUGAUUCUGAUUGGAACCCACAAAAUGACCUUCAGGCCCAGGCAAGAGCUCAUCGGAUUGGGCAGAAGAAGCAGGUCAAUAUAUAUCGCCUUGUUACAAAAGGCUCGGUUGAAGAAGACAUUCUUGAAAGGGCCAAAAAGAAAAUGGUUUUAGAUCAUCUUGUGAUCCAGAGGAUGGACACCACGGGGAAGACGGUGCUGCACACGGGCUCCGCCCCCUCAAGCUCCACUCCCUUUAAUAAAGAGGAGCUGUCAGCCAUUCUAAAAUUCGGUGCUGAGGAGCUUUUUAAGGAGGCUGAGGGAGAAGAGCAGGAGCCCCAGGAAAUGGACAUAGACGAGAUCUUGAAGAGAGCUGAGACACACGAGAACGAGGCAGGGCCCCUGACUGUGGGGGACGAGCUGCUCUCCCAGUUCAAGGUUGCCAACUUUUCGAAUAUGGAUGAAGACGAUAUUGAAUUGGAACCUGAAAGAAAUUCAAAGAACUGGGAGGAAAUCAUUCCGGAAGAUCAAAGAAGGCGCUUAGAAGAGGAGGAGCGGCAGAAGGAGCUUGAGGAGAUUUACCUGCUGCCACGCAUGAGGAACUGCGCGAAGCAGAUAAGUUUCAACGGGAGCGAAGGGAGGCGCAGCCGGAGCAGAAGAUACUCAGGGUCUGAUAGUGACUCCGUCUCGGAGCGGAAACGGCCGAAGAAACGUGGGAGGCCACGCACCAUCCCUCGGGAGAAUAUUAAAGGAUUUAGUGAUGCAGAGAUUAGGCGGUUUAUCAAGAGCUAUAAGAAAUUUGGUGGCCCUCUGGAGAGGUUAGAUGCGAUUGCUCGAGACGCUGAGUUGGUUGAUAAGUCAGAGACGGACCUCAGACGACUGGGCGAAUUGGUGCAUAAUGGUUGUGUUAAAGCUUUAAAAGACAGUUCUUCAGGACCAGAGCGAGCAGGUGGCAGACUCGGAAAAGUGAAGGGGCCAACGUUUCGAAUAUCAGGAGUACAGGUGAAUGCAAAGCUAGUCAUUGCUCAUGAAGACGAAUUGGUGCCUUUGCAUAAGUCCAUUCCUUCAGACCCAGAAGAAAGGAAGCGGUAUGCAAUCCCUUGUCACACAAAGGCUGCUCACUUUGACGUAGACUGGGGCAAAGAGGACGACUCCAAUCUGCUAGUUGGCAUCUAUGAGUACGGCUACGGCAGCUGGGAAAUGAUCAAGAUGGACCCGGACCUGAGUCUGACACACAAGAUCCUUCCAGAUGAUCCUGAUAAAAAACCACAAGCCAAGCAGUUACAGACACGUGCAGACUACCUCAUCAAAUUACUCAGCAGAGACCUUGCAAAAAAAGAGGCUCAGAGACUCUCUGGUGCAGGAGGUUCAAAGAGGAGAAAAACAAGAACUAAAAAGAAUAAAGCAAUGAAGUCCAUAAAAGUAAAAGAAGAAAUAAAGAGCGACUCAUCUCCGCUGCCUUCAGAGAAGUCUGACGAAGAGGACGAUAAAAUGAAUGAAUCCAAGCCUGAAAGUAAAGACCGAUCCAAAAAGUCUGUGGUGUCAGAUGCUCCUGUUCAUAUCACUGCAAGUGGAGAGCCGGUGCCCAUUGCUGAGGAGGCCGAGGAGCUGGAUCAAAGGACAUUCAGUAUUUGUAAAGAACGAAUGAGGCCGGUAAAAGCAGCUUUGAAACAACUUGACCGGCCUGAGAAAGGCCUUUCAGAACGAGAGCAGCUGGAGCACACCAGGCAGUGUUUAAUCAAGAUCGGAGACCACAUCACAGAGUGUCUGAAGGAAUAUUCCAACCCUGAGCACAUCAAGCAGUGGAGAAAAAACCUGUGGAUUUUUGUAUCUAAGUUUACUGAGUUUGAUGCAAGAAAAUUACAUAAAUUAUAUAAGCACGCCAUUAAAAAACGACAAGAAUCUCAGCAAAACAGUGACCAGAAUAGUAACGUUACUACUGCGACUCCUGUGAUUAGGAAUCCAGAUGUGGAAAGGGCAAAGGAGACCGCCAACCAUGAUGAGAGCAGCAGGGACAGCUGCUCUUCGGACCGACACUUGUCUCAGCACCACGACCACCACAGAGACCGCCAUCAGGGAGACUCCUAUAAAAAGAGCGAGUCCAGGAAAAGGCCCUACUCCUCCUUCAGCAACGGCAAAGACCACCGUGAGCGGGGCCACUACAAGCCGGACAGCAGAUACUAUAGUGACAGAGAGAAACACAGAAAACUGGAUGACCACCGAAGUCGAGAGCACAGGUCAAGUUUGGAAGGAAGCGUAAAGGACAGGUGCCAUUCGGACCACCGACUGCAUUCAGACCAUCGCUCAGGUUCCGAAUACACACAUCAUAAAUCUUCCAGGGAUUACAGGUAUCUCUCAGAUUGGCAGAUGGACCACAGAGCUGCCGGCAGUGGCCCGAGGUCACCUUUAGAUCAGAGGUCUCCGUAUGGCUCAAGGUCUCCAUUUGAGCAUUCAGCUGAACACAGAAGCACACCUGAGCACACCUGGAGUAGUCGGAAAACAUAACAGAUACUUGGUCUUUCUGGACUUUUAUUUUAGCCAUAGAUCAUAAACCAACACAGUGAUUGCCUUACAUGACUUGAAAGACAAACAGCUCUUCUAUCAGUGGCAGUAUUGUUACUUCUUUCCAGGACGCAAGGCCUAUUAUCCCAACAGAAGAGAAGAUAUUUUUAUAUUUAACGAUUAUGCUGCACUGUACUGCAAAUACUGUAGUACUUUUUUUUUCUUUUUUAAAGAAAUGGAAAAUGUUUACUAUAACAGGGACCUCAAACACUGCCCUCCCCGUAUAGGCUGAAUGAAACUGUUUAUAUGUCAGUGUUUUUAGACUGACUUCAUUUAAAUUAUGUUUGUAUAUGAACUUUGCUCUGACCUGUGAUCAUGUUUCAGGAAGGAAUGAAAGAGAGUUCUUUUCUUAAUUAAGGAAAAACACUCAAGGACUUUGUUCACUUUCCAAAGCUACUUGUUUACACUGUACCCUGCGACCACCUUGCCGCUUCCCAUCACAAGCUUGAAUAUUUAAACCCUGUACCUAUGUCUGUAAUAUAGCCGGGAAUUUCCUGUUUGUGAUUAUUAUUAUGCCUUUUUACAAGAAGAUGGCUGUAAAUUAUUGUAAAUGUAUUAAAGGAGCUCCUUCCCAGCCCUUCUCAGGCUUUUCUUGACUGUUCCUUUCCCUACCAACUCAGGCCUUCUUAUUAAAAAAAAAAAAUCAGUGUAAUAACACUUUUUAAUGAUUUGUCUUGAUGGAAUCAUUGUUUAGAAUGUAAAAAUGGGGAAAGGGGCCACUUAUUUCUUUUAGUCCUUUUCAUAUUGAAUAUUUUUAUUAGAUACCUGUUUUGCCACUCCUUUUGAAAGUCAAUAUUCUGUUUGUAGUUUUGCAAAAGAAAUGGGGAGGGUAAUGUGUGAAAUGUAAGCCUGAUGCUCUGGG